AUGGUUGCCUGGAGGACGAGGCCGGCGCCGGAAGCGGAAGUUAGCCGGGGAGCAAACCGGAAGAGGAAGUGUUGGGGGACCGGGCAAGAUGGCGGCGGCGGCGGCAGCAGGGGGGGCUCGGUGCUGCCCGAUUCGGUGCUGCUGCCGCCGUGGGACCGGCUGAGAGCGGCCGGGGUCUGCCGCCGGUGGCGGCGGCUCGCGUUGGACCGGACGGUGUGGAGACACGUGGAUCUGAGCCAGCGCCGGCACCUCAGCUCCAGGGCCCUGUGGCAGCUCCUUCUCCGGCACCUCCCCGCGGGGCUGUGCACGCUGCGGGCCCGGGGCUCCCUCCUCUCCCCCUCCCGGCCUCCCCUCCUGUCCCCGGCGCUGUUGGCGGCCCUGGGCCAGCGCUGCCCCCCCCGGCUCCAACGCCUGAGCCUGGCCGAGACCGACGUGCGCCGGGUCCCCUACGAGAGCAUCCCCGCUUCCACGCCCGCCUCCUCCCCGCGGCCUCUUCGCCACCUCCUGGUCCACCACGUCCCGGCCUUCAGCGACCGGCACUUGGUGGCUGCCUGCUCCCGGCACCGCCUGGAGAUGCUGAGCCUGCGGGGCUCCUAUCGCCUGACGGAGCCCGACCUGCAGCGCGCUGCUCCCUGCCUGCUGCGGGGCUGCGGCGCCGGCGAUGCCGCCACGGGCUCCCUUGGGUACCACUUGAAGCGGCUGCGGGAGCUCGAGGUCGUUGCUUGCCCCGUGAGGGCUUUAAAGAGCCUGCAGCACCUGGAGAUGCUUUGCCUUGAGCUGGGGUGAAGGUGUCUGCCGGGGCUGUGGUUGCCUUGGGCUCGCGUCACAACGGGAGUCCUGGAUCAAAUCCGGCUGAAUUUAUCCCAUUGCAGCUGCUCCCAUUCGCCUCAACCCCCAGCCUGA